CCACUCGCGCGCUUAGUUUCUGGUAUCGAGAAAAAUGGCGCCAUUCAUGAUUCCCCGCCUUCAGCGACGGUCACUCCGACCACUAACUCAACCAUUCUAUGGCUGCAAUGCCGGAAAAAUGGGCGCGUCAACCCAGAUUAUCAGGGAGAACUCGUCACACGUCACACAAAGAACGUCUGAACUUCUCUCAAAGCAGCAAAAGUCGCAAGUUAUAAAUCAACAGCGCAGUCGAUCAAAAAUUCGAAGGGUCAAAGUAUCCGUGCCGUGCGCUUGGCAGGAUCAGUCCGUGUCGCGCUUGUUUGAACCUAAACCAGCUCGUUAGGGGUCUGGAUUUCUUCCAUCCGAUAAAUCGAACCAUAGCCGGUCGCAGAACUAUCCGAUGGGUGAUGAUAUACGGAGUCCUGGCUCCACUCGACUUAGAGUUGGAGCCACUGUGCGCAGAUAAAAGUCACUCACGCCGCGGGGAUCACCGCGAAAGAGGAA